GAAUCAUACGUGCAUUGGAUUCGGGUCUAGACGGUUGUCGGCGUUGCGUCGUGCGGUAUUUUGUCUAAUUUGUGUAUACACCUAUCAUUGAAUCAUUGUCGUAAAUGCCAGUUCAGUCAAAACGUCGCGACGGUAUUAAAUAGUUGCUGUUUGCACACUGAACACACAGUAACAAGUUUCUCAUGGUUUUGAUUUUUCCUCGAGCAUUUUUUUUCUUCAAUUUGCUCAAUUGACGUGUGUGUGUUUGUUUCCAUUCAUUAAAAAGAUAUAUUUUUUUUUAAACAAACCGUGAAGAAUCGAAUUGUUCAUUUUAAAUGAUUUAAAUAAUUGAAAAACGAUUCAAGUGACUCCAAUAAAAAUGGAUACAAAUAUAUUCAAAAUAUUUGUAUUUUAUUUGUUGUGUACAAUAACAACGAAAGCAGAAUACUAUGAAAAUGCAUAUUAUCCGCAGUACGAAUGCAAUAUCCCGCUAUUAGAUCAGGCAGCCAUAACCGCGACGUCAUCGUUAAGGGAAAGAGGUCCAGAAAACGCGCGCUUGAAUGCUGGAACAUCAUGGACGGCGAAAAAUUCAGAUUUUGAACAAAAGUUGAUAAUUGAUUUGGGAUCAGUUCGAAAUAUAACGGCGAUCGCGAUACAAGGUCGUCCACAUAGUGUCGAAUAUGUUACCGAAUUCACCAUCAGCUAUGGUUAUAAUGGACUUGAUUAUGCUGAUUUUAAGGAGCCCGGUGGCAACAUUAAGAUGUUCAAGGGAAAUGUGGGAGCCGAUUCGAUCAAAUACAAUGUGUUUGAGGUGCCGAUAAUCGCACAAUGGGUUCGCAUCAAUCCAACCCGUUGGAGAGAUCGUAUUUCACUGAGAGCCGAAUUGUAUGGCUGUGAAUACAUUUCCGAUGUAUUGCAUUUCAACGGUUCCAGUUUGGCACGAUUAGAUCUAUUACGUGACCCAAUCGCUUCACUGUAUGAAUCGAUUCGUUUCCGUUUCAAGACCGCUUAUGCCAACGGUAUUGUUCUAUAUUCGCGUGGUACACAGGGCGAUUAUAUUGCUUUGCAGCUCAAAGACAAUCGCAUGAUAUUGAACAUUGACUUGGGAUCGGGUUUGAUGACAACGCUAUCGGUCGGCAGUUUGCUUGACGACAAUGUAUGGCAUGAUGUUGUCGUUUCCCGUAAUCAACGCGACAUUAUCUUCUCGGUGGAUCGUGUCAUUGUGCGCGGUCGCAUCAAAGGCGAAUUUAGUCGAUUGAAUUUAAACCGAGCGAUCUACCUCGGCGGUGUUCCGAACAUUCAGGAAGGAAUGGUUGUACAACAGAAUUAUACGGGCUGUGUUGAGAAUCUCUACUUGAACUCAAGCAAUUUUAUCCGUGAAAUGAAAUAUGCCUAUGAAAUUGGCGAAUCGUUGCGAUACGAAAAGAUAAAUGCAUUCUACAGUUGUCCGGAUCCACCAAUUACACCAGUUACAUUCUUGACACGUUCGUCGUAUGCUAAAAUGAAGGGCUACGAAGGCAUGAAACAAUUGAACGUUUCAUUCUACUUCCGAACGUAUGAAGACCGUGGUUUAAUGGUUUACCACGAAUUCACAUCACGUGGAUAUUUGAAAGUUUAUCUUGAGUAUGGUAAAGUAAAAAUUGACAUCAAAACCGGCGAUGGGCCGAAGACAACGUUAGACAAUUAUGAUGAGCAAUUCAACGAUGGUCGGUGGCAUUCACUCGUACUGACAAUUUCGAAAAAUAGUUUGGUUCUUGAUAUUGAUCAACGGCCGAUGCCAACCACACGGCUAUUGGAUAUGACCACCGGCGGUGUGUAUUUCAUCGGUGGCGAUGGCAAAGGAAAAGACGGUUUUGUCGGAUGCAUGCGAACAAUUACCGUUGACGGUAACUACAAGCUGCCAUCCGAUUGGAAAGAGGAAGAGUACUGUUGCAAGGGUGAAAUUGUCUUUGAUGCAUGUCACAUGAUCGAUAGAUGUAAUCCAAAUCCGUGCCAACAUUCCGGCAUUUGUCGACAGAAUUCACGUGAAUUCUUCUGUGACUGCAGUAAUACGGGAUAUGCGGGCGCUGUGUGCCAUACCGCUUUGAAUCCAUUGUCUUGUCAAGCAUUCAAAAAUGUGCAAUCCGUUCAGCAACGAGCGAACAUUCAUAUUGAUGUGGAUGGAAGCGGACCACUCGAUCCAUUCCCAGUCACUUGCGAAUUUUACGCCGAUGGACGUGUUAUAACGGUGCUGAGUCACAGCAAAGAGCACACAACUUCGGUUGAUGGUUUCCAAGAGCCGGGCUCAUUCGAACAGAAUAUCAUUUACGAAGCAAACUUCCCACAAAUCGAAGCCCUUUUGAACCGAUCAUCAAACUGCUGGCAACGAUUGUCCUACCAAUGCCGAUCGUCACGAUUGUUCAACUCACCGUCCGAUGAACAAACAUUCCAUCCAUAUUCGUGGUGGAUUUCGAGACACAAUCGUCGAAUGGAUUACUGGGCCGGUGGUUUGCCCGGAUCACGGAAAUGCGAAUGCGGAAUUCAAGGCAGCUGUAUCGAUCCAACGAAAUGGUGCAAUUGUGAUGCUAAUAAUCUUGAUUGGCAAGAAGACAGCGGUGAAAUUCGUGAAAAGGAACAUCUUCCAGUGAAGGCAGUACGAUUUGGUGACACUGGUACACCACUGGAUGAGAAACAGGGCCGAUACACGUUGGGACCGUUGAUGUGCGAAGGCGAUGACCUAUUCAAUAAUGUGGUCACAUUCCGUGUCACUGACGCAACCAUCAAUUUGCCAUCAUUCGAUAUGGGUCAUUCGGGCGAUGUAUACUUUGAAUUCAAAACAACCAUUGAAAAUGCGGUCUUAUUCCAUGCCAAGGGACCAACUGAUUAUAUUAAGUUGAGUAUUAUUGGAGGUAGAAAGAUACAAUUCCAAUAUCAAGCUGGAAGUGGACCACUUGGUGUUAAUGUAGAAACUAGCUACCACUUAAAUGACAACCAAUGGCAUUCGGUGAGCGUUGAACGCAAUCGCAAAGAAGCACGUCUCGUUGUUGAUGGAUCGCUAAAGGCUGAAGUUCGUGAGCCACCAGGUCCAGUUCGUGCUUUGCACCUAACAUCUGAAAUGGUUAUCGGUGCUACGAUUGACUAUCGUGAUGGUUUUACUGGUUGCAUGCGCGCUUUACUAUUGAACGGUCAACUUAUCGAUUUGAAAUCGUAUGCUAGACGCGGCUUGUAUGGUGUUUCAACUGACUGUGUUGGUCGCUGUGAUUCGAGCCCAUGUCUCAACAACGGAACAUGCUUCGAACGCUAUGAUGGCUACACAUGUGAUUGCCGUUGGAGUGCAUUCAAAGGACCCAUUUGUGCUGAUGAAAUCGGUGUUAACUUGCGAUCGAGCUCAUCCGUUAAGUAUGACUUUUUGGGCAGUUGGCGUUCAACAAUUUCUGAAAAUAUUCGUGUUGGCUUCACCACCACAAAUCCACACGGUUUCCUGCUCGGUUUCUCAUCAAACAUUUCCGGCGAAUAUUUGACAAUUAUGAUUUCGAAUUCGGGCCAUUUGCGUGUUGUGUUUGAUUUUGGCUUUGAACGGCAAGAAUUGAUUUAUCCAAAUAAACAUUUUGGAUUGGGACAAUAUCAUGACGUUCGGUUUUCGAGAAAGAAUUCCGGAUCUACGGUUGUUUUGACGGUUGAUAAUUACGAGCCAAAAGAAUAUCACUUUGAUAUAAAAGAUUCGGCCGAUGCGCAGUUCAAUAACAUUCAGUACAUGUAUAUUGGUAAAAAUGAGUCGAUGAAUGACGGUUUCAUUGGAUGUGUGUCAAGGGUUGAGUUCGAUGACAUUUAUCCACUGAAGUUACUAUUCCAAGAAGCUGGGCCACCCAACGUUAGAUCAAUCGGCACUCAACUGACUGAAGAUUUUUGUGGUGUGGAACCGGUUACUCAUCCACCGAUUGAAGUUGAGACUCGACCACCGCCACCGAUCGAUGAGGACAAACUGCGAAAGGCAUACCAUCACGUAAACUCAGUACUUUUGGGAGUUAUCCUGGCGAUAUUGUUCUUAUUGCUGGUGGUGAUGGCCGUUUUGAUUGGUCGCUAUCUCAAUCAACACAAAGGAGAGUAUUUGACGCAAGAAGACAAGGGUGCCGAUAUUUGCGACGAUCCAGACGAGGCCGUGGUCAAUUCAGCGACAGGCCACCAAGUGACAAAGCGAAAAGAAUGGUUCAUUUAAAUCUGCUCAAAGCAGUACACAUUUAGGAUCAAUAUAUUAGAAGUGAACAAGAAAAAUACAGUUUUCCAAUUCAAAUGUAGAAAAUGGCAUCGGACACAGCAUCCAAUGCAUUGAACCAAAAAGCAAAAACAAAACAAAAAAUGAAGAAAAAAAAAUAGAUCUGAUUCCAUAUUCGAGUAGAGAUUAGGAUAAAUGAAUCAGUAAAAAAUGGUUCGUCUCAUCGAACACAUCAAGUCAAGAAAUUUAAGCAACACAAUAAAGCAUCUCUGUUGAUCGGUCAAAUUUUACCAUGCCUCAUUUUGUAUAAAGUCAGUGCAAAACCGAAUCUCUUUCACCGUUUGAUAUCGAUAUUCACCAUUUUUACAACAGAAACAAAACAGCCAACACUGUCAUAAUAUGAUGAAUGCAAAAUUUGCGUCACACAUUCAGAUGCCAUGUUAAGUACAUGUGAUGCAAAAUUGUGCAUUCACAUACGAAACAACAACAAUAUUUGUCAUUUCGAGAGGAAAAUUUAAUUUUAUUAAUCUUUAAGUAAUGUUUAGUCUUAGAUUUCCAAAACCGUCCAUAUGUUUACUUACUUCAUUUUUACCAGAAUAUUUUUUUGACAACUUUUUUUCUAGAGAUAACAUUUAAAAGAAAACGAAGCAUCUCUUGCAUUUCAAAAGAAGAAAAACACUUAUUUUCGUAAUUAGGACUUGCGUUUUCUUGUCGAUUUCCUUAUUUUGAAGAUCGCAUUUUUGUUCAUUAGUAAUUAGAUUUAAACGAAAAGAAAAUUUAUAUAUUAAAAAUAAAUCGAUCGAAACAUCAUCGAAUAAGAAGACCUAAACAAAAUGCAAAUUCAAUCAAGAAAUUUUAAUUAUUUUUUUUUUUUUUCAUUUUGUAUCGCUCAGAAAAAUGGAAAAAUAACAAAAAUUGUCUAAGUUUAA